GCAACAGGAUUUCCGCUGAAUAGUAUCAUCAAAUAGGCUUCUCUCUCUCUCUCUCUCUCUCUCUCUCUCUCUCUCUCUCUCUCUCUCUCUCUGUCUCUCUCUCUUUCUCCCAGAAGCAGAAGGAGCAUCCUAUAGGCUAAUCAGUUGGUAGUUUCAGCCCAGCCUCAGCAUCCUCCCCCUCCCAGAAGAGGAAAGCCGACAGCCGGUGUGUGCGAGGUGUUUUUGUCCGCUACCAUGGUGGAAAUUAUGGAUAUCGUGUGCCUUCUCGUCCCGCUGGUGAUACUCGCGGGGUCUACCUUCCAGACCGACGUAAAGAGCGUAAAAGAGGCGGAUAAAACGGGGAAUUUCAUGGAAGACGAGCAGUGGCUGUCCACCAUUUCACAGUACAGCCGCAAGAUCAAGCACUGGAAUCGCUUCAGAGACGAUGAUUAUGUUCGUACCUGGGAUGAAAAUCAAGGCUCUAAUGACAAUGUAGACACCACCAAGGACCCCUGUCAAAAGGUUAAGUGCAGCCGACACAAGGUGUGUAUCGCCCAGGGCUACCAGAGAGCUGUGUGCGUCAACCGAAAGAAACUUGAACACAGACUGAAGCAGCCUGCUCUCAGGUCUCCUGAUGGAAACUGUCAGCCCUGUCCCAUCUCCUCCACUGGGCCUGUGUGUGGAUCAGACGGACACAACUAUGCCUCAAAGUGCAAGCUGGAGCAGCAGGCGUGUCUUACAGGGAAGGAUCUUACCCUGAAGUGUUCAGGUCUGUGUCCUUGUCCAACUGCUGGCCCUACAUCCAUGGAGAGUAAACAUGAGAGCUGUACCGGACAGGAUCUGGCUGAUCUCGGGGAGCGUCUGAGGGACUGGUUCCAGCUACUGCAGUCCAAUGCCAAGCAGAACAAUAAUAGCAAGCCUGGUGCCAGAACCACUGCAGCCAGCACCACAUCAGUGCUGGACAGGAGCCUGGUGGCCAGCUGUAAGGACUCCAUAGGCUGGAUGUUUUCCAAGCUCGACACCAAUAGCGACCUGUACCUGGACCAGGCUGAGCUGGCUGCCAUCAACCUGGACAAGUACGAGAUCUGCAUCCGGCCCUUCUUCAACUCCUGUGACUCCUACAGGGACGGCAAGGUCUCCACUGCCGAGUGGUGCCUCUGCUUCUGGAGAGAGAAGCCACCCUGCCUGGCUGAACUCGAGCGGAUCCAAGUACUAGACGGCGGCAAGAGAAAGUUUGGUCGAUUCAUCCCUAGCUGCGAUGAGGACGGCUAUUACAGGAAGCAGCAGUGUGACAGGGGGGAGUGCUGGUGUGUUGACCAAAACGGAGGAGAAGUAGCCGGAUCUAGGAUUCGUGGCAAACCAGAUUGCGAUGAUGAAAUGGCAUAUUCAGGUGAUUUUGGCAGUGGGGUUGGAUGGGAAGACGAGGAAGAGAAAGAAGCCGAGGAGACUGCAGAGGAGGCUGAAGAGGAAGAGGGAGAGGUGGGAGAGGUGGAUGAUGGGGGCUAUAUCUGGUAAAGGGCCAACAUGUAGUCCAACCUCCAUACAGGAGCAUCUUGAUGGUCCCAAACACACACACACACACACACACACACAGAUCCUGCAAAGAGAUGGACGUGGCGAAGCUCUCACACUCAGAACAACACUGGCUUAUAAUAAAGCGAGGGAGAGGGUUGCACGGGUUGGGUGAGGGAAGAUGCAUAUGCUAUGGGAGUAUUUAAUGUUACAGGAUGUUCUUAAAAUGGGCAAGGGAAGGGGAAAUAUCUCUAUUAAGAAAUUAUGGGUCUGGAGUCAAAACUUCUGUUCCCCAUACUUGGGAAUCUUUGUUCUCUUCUGUUGUAUGUCAUUUGAACCAUCUUUGAGCAGUUUUUAGCUGAUGCAUAAUGGAGACUGCCUGUCAUGUGCUUGCAUAAAAAGUGAAGAAAGAUUGGGUGCAUUUCAAUAGUCCAAAUUGGCCUCUUUCAUCUUUUCUUUCUGCAGAUUAACAACAUUUAGAUAACCAGUUUUGGUUUUAGGCAGGAAAUAGGCGAUAAAGAGAGGAAGACACAGAGUAUUGAAAAGCACCCUUUGACUUUACCGUUUUCACGUCAUACGCUUUGGCUUAUAUGUGACAGUAGUGCUCUGUCUCAUUCAUGACUUAUUAAAAAAAAAGUUUCUCACGCACCACUCUUUAGCUUGUAUAUAAUGUGUGUAUCAGAAGACAGAUUGUCACCUAUUAGUCCCAUUAUCAAUGCCUUGAAAGACUAGCAGAAUAUACUGCUUACUUGACAAGUGUACAUCGUAUCAUAAUGUGGAUCAAUUAUUGUGUUUAAUAAAAAAAAAUAAAAUUAAAUAAACUGGUCUAUGUGGCCCAGCUGGCCACCGUA